GAUGCUUAAAUGCAUACAUUCAUGAAUAAGAAAAUCUCUCCCACCCAAAAAAAAAACGGCUUCAUAAACAAGUUUGAUGGCGGAACUGGUUAUCCUCGAGUUUGCGCUGCAAGUCGCAUACAAUAAGCUCUUGCAAGCCGUGGACCAUGCGGAACAUGGCCUAUGUAUGUCCGACUCUGCUCUCUACAACCUCAAGUGCACGGUCAAUCGCUUAAAACCGAAGAUCGACGAGAUCAUUUCGUUGAAUCAGAGGCUUGAGAAUUCUUCCGACGAAGAGAUCCGAGAACUGGUUUUGAAAGCUGAGCGGAUCGUGAGAGAAUGCUCGGAGAUUGCUUGGUGGAACUUGUGGAAGAAGUACAUGUACUCGAAGAAGAUCAAGCGAUUGGAUUUGAUGCUUCGUCAGCUGAUUGAAAUUGAUCUUCAGUUGGAUCAGAGGAUCGCGGUGUUGCAGAUUUCAAAGCAAGUGGAGGAGCUGAGGAGAUCAGUCUCAAUGACGAUGGGAGAGAGGAAGAGUGAGAAGAGGACUUUCGGAGGUAGCCGAACUAGGGUUUUGCGGGUGGUUUCGAGAGUGAAGAGAUCUGUUAUUUCCACGCAAAGUUGGAUCUUUGUUUGUUUAAUUUCGUUUUUCAGAAUAAACAAGUGGGGCUAUCAGAAGCUAACAAGCAGGUUCGCUUCGGUUCCAACUAAUUAAGGGGGAUAGAAAAUAGAUUAAAAGCAAUAAACCAUGUGAUUCUCUUUGCAAUUAAUCCAAUAAAAAAGGUCAGGUGGUAAUACUUCAUGUUAUUGUUUGUCUUUUUUCUUGUAUUUCAGUUUUUUGAAUUGUUGUAUACGUUACAGGACACAAUCCCUAUGUUUUCGUGGAAUGUGGUUCGUCCAUGAUGUACUGGCCAUGUCAAUUGUUAACAAGAUGACAUGAAAAUCCGUUAUCUAAUAUGUACUUGAAAAAUUAUUUGAAAUAAAUGGAAUGCAACCAGUUGAAA